CACUGACUUUCCUGUAUAUCCUGAUCUCUCCCUGGGUGUUAUUUGUAACUGUUUCACUUCUCAACACCCACUCCAGCGAUUACAUCUGAGGAGCAAAGGGACACCGAGGAGCUAUAAAACCACAUGUGGGAGAAAGGAGUUGUGGCAACCAUGUUUCAUCUCAUCCCUUUAUUCUUCCAUCUUUCCUGCUUUCUCUCACUGACUUCCAUCUCCGCCUCUGAGGAGGACACAGUGGUCGUCACCAGCACCGGCCCUGUCAAAGGCAAACAGGUCCCAGCAGGAUCAGGCUCUGUGACGGCCUAUCUAGGCAUCCCCUAUGCUGAGCCCCCACUGGGGAAACUGCGUUUCCAGAAGCCCCUCCCUCAUCAGCCAUGGAGCCACAUCUUGGAGGCCACCAGUUUUGGCAACUCUUGUCCCCAGACAAAUGUUUCUGGCUUCCCUGAUGCAGACAUAUGGGUUGCCAAUACACCAUUCUCAGAGGACUGUCUCUUCCUCAACAUCUGGGUGCCUCGCCCACGGCCUUCCACCCCACUGCCUAUCCUUGUAUGGAUCCAAGGGAUGGGUUUUAUCACUGGCACAGCCUCGCUGGAUAUCUACAAUGGAGCACUCUUAGCUGCUAGAGAGAAAGUGAUUGUGGCCUCCAUGAAUUACCGCCUAGGAGCUCUGGGCUUUCUAUAUCUGCCACCCUACGCUCCAGGAAAUAUUGGCUUAUGGGACCAACAUCUUGCUCUGAAAUGGAUAAGAGACAAUGCAGAGGUCUUUGGUGGAAACCCAGCUCAACUGACUCUCCUUGGCCACAGUGCUGGGGCAGCCAUGGUGGGAUUCCACCUGCUCUCACCAAUAAGCCAACCUCUUUUUUCUCAUGCUGUGCUUCAGAGCGGCGUUCCCAAUGCUCUCUGGCCUUGGAAAAGCCCUGAAGAGGCCAGACUGGAAACGGUGUCCGUCAGCAGCUCAGUGGGGUGUGCUAACCAUAGCCACAGUGCUGUAGUGAGCUGCUUACAAGGUAUAGAGAUUGGUGGCAAGGAAUUUUCUCAUCUCGCUACUGUCAACUCGUUGACAACAGAUGGAGAGUUCCUUCCAGAUGAGCCCCGGAAGCUUUUGGAGACGGCCAGUUUUCGUGGCAAAUCUGUUCUCACUGGCAUCACAGCUGAUGAAGGAUCUACCUUCGUGAUGCUCAUGUAUUCUGACACCAAGACAAACGGUGGGAUUUUGACCUGGAAGCAGUUCCUUCAAGGAGUGAUGGGGACGAUGAAAAGAGGAACCGACGAAGCCGUUGCCAAGACGCUAGCGUCGAAGUUCAGCGAAGGUUUUCACGGACCAGAGCGGUACCGUUUGGCAUUUGCCCAAUAUAUGAGAGAUUACUUCUUUGUGUGUGCAUUGGAUGAAUUUGCUGCAAAGAUCAGAGAAGCUGGGAGACCAGCGUAUGUUUAUUCCUUCGAUCAUCGCACCUCUAGCUCCAUCUGGCCUGAAUGGGUAGGGAUGCCCUAUGGCGCUGAGAUACCUUACUUGUUUGGAAGCUUUGCAUCAGCUUUGCCGACGAACCAAACUGUCACAGAGGCUGAGGAGGUGCUGAGCCACAGGGUGAUGCAGUACUGGUCCGCGUUUGCCAGAAAUGGGCAUCCCACUGGGUCUACAGAUGAGGUGCAGUGGCCCCCGUACAAUGCCAUGGAGAAGAACUACUUCCACAUCAGCACCGGGACGCCCCAGAUCAAACCGAUAUCGCCAGCCCCACACUGUGAUUUCCUAGCCACACUUUGAAUAUGACUCACACAAAUCAAUCCUAAGAAGCUUCUGCUUUGUCCUGUUGAGGACCUCCCUCCCAGUGUUUGUGGGGAUCUUCCUAAGGGACCUGGGGCAAAGAGACAGUCACUCAGGAACUGGAUGCCACAGAGUGUUCUAUGUUCAUGUAUUCCACUCGAGCAUCAAUUCAAUUUUAUUUGUACGAUCAACAGAUCAGAUGUCCACUGGAGCAUCAUUCCUGGUCCAAUGGUAGUGGCUGCAUUGGGCUUGAUACUCAGGUCUCUCAAUCCUCUGGAUCCAUUCCCAGUGCAGUGCCAGGAAUACUGCUGCUAUAAACAAUAAAGUUGUGGCCAUUUCUUCCCCAAA